GCAUAAGCGCAGCCGGGGAAGCGGAGCACGGGCGGCCAGGCAGCCGAGGAGGCCUUGGCGAGCCGGAGGAGGGGCCGCAGCCCGAGGAGGCGGAGGCGGAGGCGGAGGCGGAGGCAGGCGGUUGCUGUGCAAACGAGGCGCCUCGCCGGAGCCGCAGCUGCACUUGGACGCCGCGUUCCCUCCCGGACGGGACGAGCGAGGAGGAGGAGGAUGUGGAAGAGCUGACCGAGCUCGAUGCCGCCGCGCCGCGUCUUGGACUGAAGGGUCUCCUCUCCCCUCCUCCUCCUCCUCCUCCUGCCUCUGGAGGUGAACCUGCGUCGAGCUGUUCCUCCUCGACAGCGCGGGGGAAUCUCUCCCCCUCCCCUCUUCUCCCCUUUGAGAGAGAGAGAGAAACCCACCCGAGUGUGCGUGUUCUGUUUUUGUUUUGCCUGUUCGGAAGGGGAGAGAGAGAGAAGAGGGAGAAGGAGAAGGAGAAGGAGAAGGAGAAGGAAAGCAGCGAAGGCAAGGAGCGCUCUCUCUCUCUCUCCCGCUCGCCCGCCGUCUCUGCCUUCUCCAUUGAAGCACAGUUCACUAUGAUCUUACUCGCCUUCAGCACUGCAAGCCGGGGGGAUUUCGUGCAUCAUUCCAGGGUGUUUUUCUUGCAAGCCUUGCUUUGGAUUUUAUGGGCUACUGGGUGCAGAGCGGAGCAGUAUUUCAAUGUAGAGGUGUGGCUACAAAAGUACGGCUAUCUCCCACCAACUGACCCCAGAAUGUCGGUGUUGCGCACUGCAGAGACAAUGAAAUCUGCUAUAGCUGCUAUGCAGCAGUUCUAUGGCAUUAACACGACAGGAAAAGUGGACAGGAACACAAUCGACUGGAUGAAGAAGCCUCGUUGCGGUGUGCCUGAUCAGACACGAGGCAACUCCAGAUUUAAUAUUCGUCGAAAGCGAUACGCAUUAACAGGACAGAAGUGGCAACACAAACAUAUCACUUACAGCAUAAAGAACGUCACUCCGAAAGUAGGAGAUGCUGAAACCCGUAAAGCUAUUCGCCGUGCCUUUGACGUGUGGCAGAAUGUAACCCCUCUGACGUUUGAGGAAGUUCCUUACGUUGAACUGGAGAAUGGCAAGAGGGACGUGGAUAUUACAAUCAUUUUUGCAUCAGGUUUUCAUGGAGACAGCUCUCCCUUUGAUGGGGAGGGAGGAUUUUUGGCUCACGCUUACUUUCCCGGGCCAGGAAUUGGGGGAGAUACUCAUUUUGACUCAGAUGAGCCAUGGACUUUGGGAAACCCUAAUCAUGAUGGGAAUGAUUUGUUUCUAGUUGCAGUUCAUGAACUGGGACAUGCUUUAGGUCUGGAGCAUUCAAAUGACCCUACUGCCAUCAUGGCUCCAUUUUACCAGUACAUGGAAACCGACAACUUCAAACUACCUAAUGAUGAUUUGCAGGGAAUCCAAAAGAUAUAUGGGCCACCUGACAAACUCCCGCCACCAACAAGACCUCUGCCAACAGUGCCCCCACAUCGUUCUGUCCCUCCAGCAGAUCCACGGAAGAAUGACAGGCCUAAACCUCCACGGCCGCCCACAGGAGACAAGCCUUCUUACCCUGGAGCCAAGCCCAACAUCUGCGAUGGAAAUUUUAACACUCUAGCCAUUCUUCGUCGGGAAAUGUUUGUUUUCAAGGAUCAGUGGUUUUGGCGUGUCAGAAAUAACCGAGUGAUGGAUGGAUACCCCAUGCAGAUUACCUACUUCUGGAGGGGGCUGCCGUCAAGUAUCGAUGCAGUUUAUGAAAACAGUGACGGGAAUUUUGUUUUCUUUAAAGGUAACAAGUUCUGGGUCUUCAAGGACACUACUCUCCAGCCAGGAUAUCCUCACGAUUUGAUAACAUUGGGCAGUGGGAUUCCACCUCAUGGUAUUGAUUCAGCAAUUUGGUGGGAAGACGUUGGGAAAACCUACUUCUUCAAAGGAGAUAGGUACUGGAGGUACAGUGAAGAUAUGAGAACUAUGGAUCCUGGUUAUCCCAAACCAAUCACAAUCUGGAAAGGUAUCCCGGAAUCACCUCAGGGAGCCUUUGUCCACAAAGAAAAUGGCUUCACGUAUUUCUACAAAGGCAAAGAAUACUGGAAAUUCAACAACCAGAUGCUCAAAGUGGAACCUGGAUAUCCCAGAUCCAUCCUAAAGGAUUUUAUGGGUUGUGAUGGACCAGCAGACCGGGACAAAGAGCGACACAGCCCUCAGGAUGACGUAGACAUUGUCAUCAAACUGGACAACACAGCCAGCACUGUGAAAGCCAUAGCCAUUGUCAUUCCCUGCAUCCUGGCCCUGUGCCUCCUUGUCUUGGUUUACACUGUGUUCCAGUUCAAGAGGAAAGGAACACCCCGCCACAUACUGUACUGCAAACGCUCUAUGCAAGAGUGGGUGUGAUGUAGGGGUAUGUCUCUCUCUCUCUCUCUCCCUCUCUCUCUCUCCUAGGAGUUCGUGGUAACUUGAGAUCAACAGAAGAGCUGUUAUGCAGUUUCCUAUCUAGGAGCAGGCAUCUGUCCAGCCCCUCGACCAGGGCUGAUCUUUAAAACCCAGGGGGCUGCCUGCAACCCUGCACAGGAAGUCAGAGUUCACUCCAGUGGGAAGCUUCCAUCGUACACAGUAUCUGCCGUUCCUCCAGUUCUUUUGUCUUUCUUUGUCAUUCGGUUCUAGCCUUUUUCCUCUCUGCACGCUCAAUACACCCAAUGCAAAACUAUCGGGAUUUUUCCACAAAGAAGAGGAAAUAUUACAGCAAAAGUAUGGGAAAAAAAGAAGCAUCUCCAGUGUUUCUGUUGGGGUUUUUUUCUGUCCCCUUUGAAGCCUGCUCCCCUUUGAAAGAGUAUUGCGUGAGGUUUUAAAAAAAAACAAUGAUAAAAAAUGUAAUCACUUUUUUUAAAAAAAAGAAGAAGAAGAAGAAGAAGAGAAAAGAUAGAGCAACUAUAACACAACAAUCUCAAUGGAACUUUCAGGAAGUGUGAAGACCCAAAACAGCUUUGUCUCCAAAGAGGAUUGCUUUCUGUCAGCUACGGAUAUAGUCCUAUACUCCUGCUCAUAAUUUUUGUUAAGUGGGAGACCAGGAUGACACACAGGAAUUCAGACUGUUUGGACAGCCAUUUUCCAACAAAUAAGGGGCCAAAAUAUCUGCAAUAUAGUAACAGCCUUAAUGAUACAUUCAUUUUGUGUUUUAUACAGCUGUUCUGAGCUAUGUCCUCAAUGUUUUAACACAUUUAUAUUCAUUACUAUAUUCAGAUAGUAUCUUUUUUAUUGAUUGGUUUAGAUUUUGUUGGUUUCCUGCCUCCUCCUCUUCUUUUUCUUUCUUUCUUUCCCCCCCAGAGCUGUACCAGGCCAGCAGCCCCAGGCCUUCCAUAGGUCUGUCAAGAACACUUAAUGUUGAAACCAUAGCAGAAUGCAGCAAGCCUGUGAAGGAGAUUGCAGUGAACUAAAGUGACACUUAAUGUUACAGAGAAACAUAAUGCUAGUACUAGGUUUGUGUAAUCUGUGACCCUUUGAGAACUAUAGGCUUUCAGAGUUUCAAGGGCUGCGAACAUUGGCAGUCUGGAAAUUAUAGGAAUGCACAGCUUAAAGUGAUUCUGGAUUCUAAAGCUUAUUUCCUGUGAUUUAUGAGUUCCUUUGUAGGUGGUCCAUAAACCAUAUCAGUUCUGCAAAUCCUCUCCUUCCUUCCCUCUUAGCAUCACUGACUUCUGUGCCUGCCUGUCCUUCUUCUAGUGGCUUUAUGCACUCUAGCUUCCACAUGACACUAUAUAGUACCAUAACAAAACAUGGCAUCUGAGAUCAGCAUGCCAGAAGUCACCAGGAUUGGCAGGUUGGUAGGUCUGUAAGUGGAUUAGAUACCACACAAUUAGAAUAGCCUAAAAUAAGAGAGUGGUUUUUUUUUUUAAAAAAAAGAUUUGCUUACUCUGUUGAUGAUAAUAUAACAGAAGCAAACAAUGUUAGAUUAUUUUUAAAAAGACAUUAUGGCACACAGAAUACAAGUGGCUGCAAGUAUAGCUAGUCUUUGGAUUCUCAAAACGUACUAUGCCAAGCCAUUACAGGACUCCUCUCACAUCUCUGUUGCUUCUUUUAUCCAGUCUUCAUCGCUCCAUGCAAUGGUAGCUCCCAGUAACAAGGACCUGACAUCCAUUUAUGCUAUUGAUGGUGUAUGUCCUAAGUAUUUUGUUUUCAUUGCCGCCGCCACCACACACCAACAAACAUGGCAAUGUUUGCAAUGUGUGACACCAAAGUGUUGCCAUGCAGAUUCCCUUUCAUUUGGUACGGGGCUUUUACAUGGGUAUGGGCAGUGUAACAGCGAACCACAGUGGCUGAGACUGAAAAGCUGGAAGCGAGUAAGUCUUGUGACAGACAGCUGUGGUUUGUAGUAAGAUGAAGGAAGUAUGAUAGAGACAACAUUGGCUAUGGAAUGUAUCUCUGUUCAUUGCUUUUGCAGUCUCUGCAGUGCUGCAAAACCCAUUGAUUAGAAAUGACAGCGGAAAAAAGAGGAAUCACUUUAGACAUCCCAAGAAACAAUGCUUCUGUCACAUCACCUUCAACUCUCAUAAAAGCUUUUGUCUUUCUCCAGUCUGAGAGCAACAGGAACAUGGGACUGAUGAUGAAACCAGGUGGAACUCUCUUGUCCAACAACGAGCGUAGCGCUUGAGUUUUUAUUCUGCUUAACUCUUGCAGGAUUAUUCUGUUUGCCUUGCAUCAUGUAGAGAUGCAGGUACAGAUAACAGUUCCAAUGGAAACCAGAGAGUAAGGAUUCUGGCGUUUCAUGGUGCUGCCCCUCCCGUUGCAAAGUCUUGCCAAUCGGGCGAUUGCCUUAGUUCCCAAAGGGUCACGAGUCCUCUGGCAUUUAGCUGUGCAUUAAAUCACUGGCAGAACCAAGGGAGCACCAAAGCAUUGUGUCAUCAUGUGUAAUAAUUGUGCUAACAGCAGUAUUGUCAUUUUCAUGUGACCUGCAGGGCAGGUUAUGUAUCAAUAUUUUUUCCUAGAGAAAAGUCAGCAACUGACAGACCUCUUUUUAUUGAUUUUAGGAGCUGCUUCUCGCAGUGACAGGCUUUUUUACAGUCACUAGGCUGUGAACCUAUUAAAGGUGUUCAGAAAGGAUGCCCCCCACAUGUCAGACACCUGGCUUUUUAUGAAAGCUGGGAUUCCAGGGGAGUAGCUUUUGAAACAAUGAACAGCUUGCCUUGAACUUUAUUGAUCUGUUGAUUGUCAUUACUGAGUUAAACAUAGUCUUCUGUGGAAAAGAAAAG